CACACUCGCUCAGUUGUGGCCACAGCUAACCAACGUUCAGUCAUGAAGCUCUUGGUGUUUGUGAUCCUGGCGGCUGCCGCUUGCGCUUCUGUGAUUGAGAAGCGAGAUGCGGAGCCCAGUUACGUGACGAGCAAAUACGGUAGUGCUUACCCUGCAUACAGUCACCGUUACCACAAUGGAAAGAGGUCUGCCGAACCAAAGCCUGAACCAUCGUAUCCUGUCUACUACGCUCCUCGUCACGUUUAUAUGCGCCAUUUCUACAAGAGAUCUGCCGAACCAGAGCCUGAACCGUCGUAUCCUGUCUACUACGCUCCCCGUCACGGUUAUGGCCCCCAUUUCUACAAGAGGUCUGCAGAUCCUGAACCAUCCUACUCAGUCUUCUCUAAUUACGGUUACCGGCCACUCAACGCUUAUAGCCACCACCUUUACUAGACUUCUGCUAAUCCAAAUGACACCAUCUAUACCUACAUUUAGGCCUACGAAAAACCAAACCAUCUCAACAAUAAUUUUUCAGAAUAUGAGGCCUACAUUACAAACAAUUGCAAAGAUCCCAUUCAUCGCCAGGAUUACUAACACUAUGAUAUCCAUGAGCUGAAUUAUAAAUUUAAUUAUACAACAAGAUCAGUGUUGCUUUGACGAUUGUUAUGUUCUACAACAAAGAAAUAUAUCUAUAUAAUGAC